AGCAAUCCGUACCUAGUAAUCAUUAGAUUGAGUUACUCUCACAGUGUUCCAUUCGAUCACAUUCUACCAGUUUUCUUACAUAACACGGGGCCAACUGAACACCAGCAAAAUGUUAGCAAAGCAUUUUUGGCUAACGGCUUAGGGAUGAGUACUUCAUGUGUUUCCAUGAUUGGUCUAUUUCUCAUGUGCUAUGGGAUAACCGGUGUUUUUAUACAGACAAUUAUUACCCCGUCACUGAUAAAGUGAUUUGGAGUAUAUCGGUUCUUCAAAUUUGUCCUCGUGAUUCCCAUUCCCGUUUAUUUUUUGAUGCCGUUUGUAACACCCCUACCGCAAAAAUCUUUUUUUCAAUAUGGUUCGAUGUCUUUCUUGAUAGCGUUGAGGAUGGGAAGUAGUGGUACGUUGUUAUCGUGUGCUCUUAUACUACUAACUGAGUCCGUCGAGGCUAAAGAUUCGAGUACGAUACAUGGAAUAAGUACAUCAACCGCGGCAUUAUGUGGUGCACUAGGAUCUAACGUCAUCGGUAUGAGCUUUGCUGCUGGGGCAAAGCUUAACAACUUGGUUGUACCUUGGUGGAUACUAUGUUUUUCUGCUUUAUUAGCUUUGAUA